AUGGCUAUAAACUUAGAAAAACAUAAACAAGCACUAGUCGACGCCUGGAAAGAUGUUCUAGACGAAAAAACGGAUACCAAUUGGGCUCUAUUUGGUUACGAUGGACUGACAAAUGACCUCAAGCACGUUGGCAGUGGGGACGGAGGACUCACGGAGCUUAUAGAUGAAUUUAACAGCGGCAAAAUACAAUAUGCCUUCCUCAAAGUCGAUUUACCCAAUGGUAGCAUAUCUAAAUAUGUGCUUAUCAAUUGGCAGGGUGAAGGCGCACCGACUGUAAGAAAAGGGACAUGCGCUAAUCAUAUCAAGCAUGUGUCUCAGUUGUUCAACGGUUUCCAUGCAACCAUGCAUGCGAGGACCGAAGACGAUUUGGAUGAGAAGAUCAUAUUGGAUAAACUGGCAAAAGCCGGUUCAGCAUUCAACUUUAAGUCUAGAACCGAGGAAUUACCGCCCAGUGGACCUAUUGGGACCACGUAUAAGAAAGUUAAUCCUGUUCAAGAAAUCAAUUCCAAAGAAAGGGACCAGUUUUGGAUGAAAGAAGAAUUAGAAGAGAAGAGAAGGAUUGAAGCGGAGAGGAAAAGGAGGGAAGAGGAAAAGAAAAAAGGUGAAGAAGAAUUAAGAAGAAGAGAUGAAUUAGAGGCUGCAAAGAGAGCGCAAACGGAACAACAAAAGCCCCCUGUAUCAGACGCGGAGGGCCUUCGUCGACAGAGGUCUCAAGAAGCUCGGGCCCUCAUAGGGGCCUCAACCGCCGCUGCCAGGGCUGUGUUCCAGGAACAUUUAGCGCAGGGCCAACGGGCUACCAAGUCAAACUCAGUACCAGAGAAGCCAAUCAGAAGUUCAGUGAUAGCGCAAAGAAUAAACACAUUCUCUCAGAAUACGUCACAAACGACUGCCAUACCCAAGACUCCACCGGCGAAACAAUCAGAAACAAACAAAGAAACAGAAAACAAAGACACUCUCAGCGAAGAAAAUGUACCACCAACAAAAACAAGUCCGCUCAAAAACAUUGAUAAGAUAAAAAUGAGUCUAGAAAGUCCUUCGCAGAUACAACACGAACCGAUCAUUGACCCCACGGAUUUGAGUCCUAGUACAGAAAACGAACCCGGGUCCUUCAGUUCAAUAAGUUACACCGAAUACAACAAGCAGAGUGAGCCGAUCAUAAAACAGAAUAUUCUAGAAAAUGACAUGUUCGACGCAUACUACAGUUCUAACGAAAACGAUGAUGAGGACAGCGAUAAUAAGUUCAGCACGAUCAAGAGGUCGCCUUACACUAAGAACGGGGACAGGGAAUUAAGCAGGCAGGAUACUGUUAUAGAGAAUGUUCACUAUAAAGAGAAUGGUACCACCGAUGUUGAAGAUGUUUCCCCCGAGGGUAUGGAGGAAAGCACUAUAUAUGAAGACCUGGACGAUGACCCUGGACUGUCAGCCAGAGCACUAUAUGACUAUCAGGCUGCUGAUGAGUCAGAGAUCACAUUUGAUCCGGGUGAUGUGAUCACACAUAUUGAGCAAGUGGACGCUGGCUGGUGGCAAGGUCUCGGGCCAAGGGGACACUUUGGACUCUUCCCAGCUAAUUAUGUGGAACUAUUGCCUCCACCGCGCUAG